AUGGAAACUCCUGAAAUAAUCAAUGAUCUAAGCAACCAAAGAGUGAAAGCAAGUGAACAAAAUGAAAAGAAACGUCUCGAGGCUGCGGUCCAGGAGUUGGAACUGCUAAAAAGACAGCAGAGCGUUUUAGAAUCCACAUUAAAUGAUUUACAGUUUUCGAUUGAUGAGUUAAAAUGCGAAAGAGCCGAAAAAGAAAAAAUGCUCGAAGAAAAUGAACCAGAAGUCGAACAUGGCGCUUUCUUCAAAAUUCUGACACAGCUCGAAAAUAGAGAAGUCGAAUUACAAGAAAAAAUCAAAGAACAGAAGAAGAUUUAUGCAGAUUUAAUGCAUGAACAAUCAAUUGUUCAGCAGAAAAACAAGAAACUUCAAAAAGAAUUUGAAACUCAAAAGGUUCAUUUACAUAAUGACGAAAUGAAUUCCCGUACAGCCAGAGAUAAACUCGAUGUUUUGACAACAGAAAUUAUCGAAAAAGAAAAUGAAUACCAUGACUUAUGCGAGCUUGCAGAGCAACUAGAACAAGAAUUAGUACAAAAAUCAGAGGAAAACAAGAAUGCCAACGAAAACCUCAACGAAAAUCUUAAGAAGCAGAGAGAUAAGCUCAUCGUAGACCUCAUUAGACGUCAAGCUGAAGAAAAUGAUAUGAAAAAUAAAAUUAUACAAACAGAACGUGAGUGCGCAGCUCGAAAGAAACAACAAGAACGAGAAAUUAAGAAGGCUGAAUCAAUUAAUGAAUGGAAAAUCGUUAGGCAAAAGUUAAAUACAAUAAUUAUUAAAUCUAAAAAGAAAUUAAACGAUACACUCAAAUCUCUUGAAUCUACACGUAAUAAAGAAACUGCUCUUCGUGCGAAAUUCAAAGAAUUACUUGGAGAAGAUGAUCCAGGAGAUGGAACUGGACAAAUGGCAAGGAGGAUGCUUCAAGCCGAAAUACAAAGACUUUCUAAUCUUCCAGAUGAUGAAUAUGAACAAGAUCUUGCAGUCGAAAGAGAAUAUUACGAUUCCCUCAAGAGACAGAUCGAAAUAUUAGAAAAUAGUAUAAAGAAAUUUGAAGGGUAUAGAACAGACAUACUUAGCUCUCUUGACGAAGAACUUAUUCAAGCAUCAAACGACGGAUACGUUCGCCUCUUAAAGCAAGACUUGCAGGAGUCUAUCCAAAUGAAAAAUGGCAACUAUUGA